CCGCAUGUUUUCUAUUAUAUGCGUUAUCGUUAUAAGUUAUAAGUAUACUUAUAACAUUACACGACACACGUUAUACAGACAGUACCCAAGACAUGAACUGCCAACAGGUAACAGUAUUCCGUCUCCGUACAUUUGAAUUUAUAUUUAAAAUUUAGUAUUUUUUAAAAACGGAAACCUAAUUUAAAUUAUAAGAAAAAUGAAAUCGAAGCUGAUAUUGACGAUUCUGGCAUGGCUGGCAUUUCUACUACUAGUACUAAUACAAGUGAUACAACUCUUGAUUUGGUUUCUUGUAAAAUCAAAAAAACAUUCUUCUACCAGUACUCAUUUGACUAAUUUAUCGAAAAUGUGUGCAUAUAAAAGUAGUUUAAAGAGAGGAUCUGUUGUGAUACAACUAUCUAGCUUCCAUAAAAAACAAGUUGAAACUAAUCACAAAUACAUGUCUAGUUUAAUUGAUAUUGUGUUAUAUCUUGCUAAGCAAGGCAUAGCAUUUAGAGGACAUAAUGAAAAUUUAGAUUCCUUAAAUCAAGGUAAUUAUAAGGAAAUGUGCUAUAUGGUAUUUUCAAAGUUCAUGCCAGAUUUUAAAAAUGUAUAUGAGAAUAAAAUUAACCAUACCAGUUGGAAAGUGCUGACCUAAUUAAAGAAACAAUUGUUGAGGAAAUUUUUGUUAUAUAUUAUAUGAAAUUCUAUCUUUUACACAAAGAAAACGCACAAGAAUUAAC